UAUGAAGCUUUCUUAUAACAGUGAAGGCGAGCAUUCCAGAAUAAAUAGAUUAUUUCUUCUCUUUAUCAAGUAUUGAAAUUUUCUUGAUUAAAGAAACAUUAGAAGUGAAUUGUUUUAUUAAUCAUCACCUUUGCCAUCAUGUAUUCUAAAUUAAUGUUAAUAUUAACCUUGUGUUACCUUGCUUUAGACUUAACAAAUAUUAAGGUUGAUGGUGCCUCCUCAGCCUCCUCAUCAUCUUCUAAUCAACUUAAUCCUGUUGGUGGUUCUGAUUUAGUUUUAAGCCAUUUUCAACCCAUGGUUGCUAUGCUUUGUGGUCGAGGUAAAUUUCAUAACCAAUACCUGGAUGAAAACAAACGAUGGGUUUCCGAUCCAGAUCCUAAGGCUGUGUGUACCAAAGAUAAAUUGGAAAUACUUGAAUACUGUCGUAAAGUUUACCCUAAAAAGGAUAUUCGUAAUAUUGUUGAAUACAGCAAAUACAUGGUAGUUGACAAUUGGUGUAAAUUUGGACAAAAAUGUGGAGGCCGUCAUUUGGUUAAACCAUACCGAUGUUUAGAAGGACCAUUCCAAAGCGAUGCACUUCUUGUACCUGCUUACUGUCUCUUUGACCAUAUUCACAAUGGAUCUAUUUGUCAAAGCUCAGAGUUUUGGAAUCGCACAGCAGCUGCUAGUUGCGCCGAGAAGCGUAACAUGAAACUUAAAUCUUUCGGAAUGUUAUUGCCCUGUGGAGUCGGAAUAUUCGGUGGUGUGGAAUUUGUAUGUUGUCCUGCAUGGUCAACAACACCUUCUCCUCCCGAAUUAGUGUCUCUUGCUACCGAUAAGAAACAAAUGGAAAAUCAAGUCAAUUACAAAGAUCCAGAUGAUAAUGAUUCAGACAGUGAUGAAAAUCAAGAUGACAAAGAUGACCGAAAUUACGAUGAAGAUGAUGAAUACUAUGGCGAUGAAUAUCAAGAUGAUGACGAAGAGGAUGACGAAGAGGCUGCUCUAAAAGCCAAAUCUACAAGUACAACAACAACAACCACAACUACCACCACAACAACCACGACAACCACUGAAAGACCAAUUGACCAUUAUCUUAGUCACUUUGAUUCGAAUCAUGAACACGACUCUUACAAAGCAGCUCAAAAAUCACUUGAAGAAAGUCACCGAGACAAGGUUACAAAGGUUAUGAAAGAGUGGAGUGAAUUGGAAGAAAGAUACCAGGAGAUGAAAUUAAAGGAUCCAAAAGGUGCAGCUGAAUUCAAACGAAAGAUGACAUCUCGAUUCCAGAAAACAGUUGAAGCUCUUGAAGAGGAAGGUUCAGCUGAAAGGCGUCAAUUGAUCUCGAUGCACCAACAGAGGGUUAUGACGGUGAUUAACAUGAGGAAAAAGGCAGCAAUGGAUUGUUAUACCCAGAGCUUGGAUCAAACUCCAUUAAAAACGAAACGAAUUGAAAAAUGUUUGGAAAAAUUGUUACGAGCAUUGGAAAAGGACCGAACUCACACUCUUCACCAUUUCCGUCACCUCCUCACCUCAAAUACCAAGCAAGCUCUUCGAGAAAAAUCAGCCAUGUUGGAUCAUCUUGAAAACUUACUUCGAAUGGGCAAUCACUCAAUUCUCAUGUUGGAUCGAGUUCCUUCCAUUUCAAGUAAAAUCCGAGAACGAAUAAUCACUUUCUGGCAUAAUUUACGAGGCAUUGGUGUUGACGAAAUUAUUUCCAGGGAAACUGAACAAGCUAUUAUGGAACGGUAUGAGGAAGAAGUGGCUCAAAAGCAGCAGGAAAGAGAGCGACAAAAGAUGUUGGCCGAAGAACGUCAACAAGAAUUGAAAGAUUUGGAAGAGAAGAAGAUGGUUGAAUCAUCCAUCAAUAAUGAGGGUAAAUCAUCACCAGACACUGAGCCAUCAUCGGCAGAACUCUCUGAUGGAAAUUCACCUUCGUCAUCUUCCUCUUCUUCAUUACUGCAAUCCUCAUCCUCAUCUUCCUCGUUAUCAUCUCUAUCUUCUUCUUCCUCUUCCUCUUCUUCUUCCUCCUCAUCAGCAUCACUUUCAACAACCUCGGAAAGUGAUGAAUCUGAGACUAAUCAUUCACCAUUUGGUGCCUCCACUUCAUCACCAUCAGUCUCAGGAGGCUCAGGAGGAAUAGUCCCAAUCACUGAAUCACCGGUAACCUCAUUGAAUGGAGGAAUACUUCCAGUUCAAGAGGAUAAUGCUGAAGAAAGUAAUGCAGUUCACAAAAUUCUGCCCACUCCUAAGAUAGCUUAUAUCCAUAAUCAAGGUUUCCAUCAUAAUGAGAUGUCCUAUUCAGUGAGAAAAGAACCUUACCAUCCAAUGAAGUGGAAUGGAAGUGUUUACAUUACCUUGGCCUUUGCAGGCAUCGCACUUUUAAUGGCAACCAUAGUUGGUAUUGUUUUGCUUCGUAAUCAUCGACAAAGAUCACCUUUAAGUCAAGGAUUUGUUGAAGUUGAUCAAGCCGCGUCACCAGAGGAAAGGCAUGUUGCUAACAUGCAAAUUAAUGGAUACGAGAAUCCAACAUACAAAUAUUUUGAGGCGCAAAAUGCUUAUUUCAAUAAAUUUCGAAUCAUGGCGUCUUACCAUGGACAACAACCCGGUCACCCUCCUUCAUCCUCUAUCGGCCCAUCUGCUCCUCCUGUUUUACCUGAAAUUGAAAGUACAACGCUUUUGUGUAAAUGGGGCCAGGAUAUUGUUCAAGAUAUAAAUGUGAGAACUUCUGAAAUAUUUUCUCUAUUGAAAAUUAUUGUACCACCCUCGGGUAACUCUAUGCAAACUCAAAUUCUGGAUGAGAAAAAAGCAAAGAUUGCAGAACAUAUGAAAAUGAUUGAAAUAAUGUUUAAAAAGUUGAAGAUAGUUUAUGAUGAAGUCAUUAAACAAUCGGCUCCAUAUGAAUACAUCACAGUGGAUAGUUUAAUUCCUUACAAAGAAGGUCCAGAAUCUGGAGCUGGAAGAACAUUAUUCAAUGAAAAUAAAAAUCAAGAUGAAAAUUUACUAGCCAAACGAAAUCAACUUGCAGCAACAUUGAAAGAAAAGAAUCAACACUUGAAAAUGAUCAUCAACAAACUGCGAAACUUAUCUUUCGAUAUUAACACGAUGUUGGCAAUGAAAAAACGUUGAAUACUUUGAAUUAGUGAAAUAUUUAUUACAAGUAAAAUUUGUUACAACUGUAUAAACUGUCUCUUCCCGUCUCUUCACUUUCCUUAAUUAAACGACUUUUUAAAUUCAUA